AAAAUCAUCCCCCCAUCUCCGGGUAUUGAUUUCCCCGCACGCGAAUCCCAGCGCAGCGCGCCGAGCCCGGGCACCGGCGGCUCCGUCGCCCGCUCCCGCCGGGACCGGGACCGGGACCCGCAGCGGGAACCGGCGCCCCAUGGAAGGGCAGCGGCUGCGGCCGGAGCGGCUGAAGUUUGCCCGGAGCGAGGGAUGAGCGAUGGAGGGGCCGAGCCCGGCGGGAGCCCCGUGCUGCUGGCCGAGCCCGCGGCCACCGGGCGGGCCCGGGAGAAGGCGCCGACCCGGGCGGAGCUGGAGAGCGCCCUGCGCGGCGGCGGCGGCGGAGGCGGCGGCGGCGGCUUCAAGGACAUCCCCGGAACGUCGGCGGUCAGCCCCGGCUCCUCCAAGGAGUGCGCCCCGGACACCGAGAGCCCGUCGGGGACCGGCGAGGCGGAUUACUGCCGCCGCAUCCUGGUGCGAGAUGCCAAAGGGACGAUCCGGGAGAUCGUGCUGCCCAAGGGGCUGGACCUGGACCGGCCCAAGCGGACCCGCACGUCCUUCACGGCGGAGCAGCUCUACCGCCUGGAGCUGGAGUUCCAGCGCUGCCAGUACGUGGUGGGCAGGGAGAGGACGGAGUUAGCGCGGCAGCUCAACCUCUCCGAGACCCAGGUCAAGGUCUGGUUCCAGAACCGCCGCACGAAGCAGAAGAAGGACCAGAGCAGGGACUCUGAGAAACGCUCCUCCACCACCUCCGAGUCCUUCGCCACCUGCAACAUCCUCCGGCUGCUGGAGCAGGGCCGGCUGCUGUCGGUGCCGGCCCCCCCCAGCCUCCUGUCGCCCGCCUCCAACCCCCUCGCCAGCCCCGCGGGCAACGGCUCCGGCCUGGCCACGCCGGGCCCCGCGUCCCCCGGGCUGGGCGGCGGGAGCAGCCCCCCGGCACCGGCAGCCUUCAGCCUGCAGGUCCCGUCUCUCGCCUCCUCGUCCUCCUCCUCGUCCUCCUCGCCGCGGCUGCCGGGGGGGCCGCUGUGCUUCGGGGGGCCGCUGCUGGGCAGCCUGCACGACCUGCCGGGCGCGUACGGACUGGGCACCUCCGCCUUCGAGCCUUACACGCGGCUGGAGAGGAAAGACAAUUCUAUACCCAGCAAGAAGCCGAGCCCUUAAAUCAAAACGAGUGUCAAAAGGUGUCGUGUCCCCCCCAUCCUCCGCCGUCCCCC